CUGGGUUUUGCUUGGAUGGCGGCGCAGCAGCAGCGUCAGUCUGGUCGUCGCAUAAAUGAAGCCUCAGAGCGCACGCACUCAGUGAGCAGAGGAGAGACUGAGCGCGCGCAGAGCAUCAACACGAGCCAGCUGAGAGGAGGAGACACUAACGAGAAGACACGUUCAUUCAUCCCUCAACUAAGGAGCACCAGCACACCGAAGAACCGAGCCAUGCUUGCUGCGUGUUUGGAGUUCCUCGGCUUGGCGCUGUGCGUCACGGGCUCGCUGCUGGUGAUGGUCGCGUGCGGGCUGCCGAUGUGGAAGGUGACGGCUUUCAUCGACUCAAACAUCGUGGUGGCUCAGACCAUCUGGGACGGCCUGUGGAUGUCCUGCGUAGUGCAGAGCACCGGCCAGAUGCAGUGCAAAGUCCACGACUCGGUCCUGGCCCUGACGCAGGACCUGCAGACGGCCCGGGCCCUGACGAUCAUCUCCGCCGUGGUGGGCGUCGUCGCCCUCACGGUGACGGUGGCCGGGGCGCAGUGCACCAACUGCAUCAAGGAUGAGACGGUGAAGGCUAGAGUGGUGAACGCCGGGGGGGUCAUCUACAUCAUCAGCGGUCUGUUCGUGCUGGUCCCGCUCUGCUGGAUGGCCAACAACAUCAUAGUGGACUUCCACAACCCGCAGGUGCCUCCGUCCAAGAAGAGGGAGAUCGGGGCGGCGAUCUACAUCGGCUGGGCCGCCACCGCGCUGCUGCUGCUCGGCGGGACCCUGCUGUGUUGCUCCUUCUCCCAGGGGGUGAGAGGCGCGUACCCCAUCAAAUACGCCCCCACCAAGACGAUCACGUCCAACGGGGACUUCGACAAGAAGCAUUAUGUAUAAACUGAAAGUCCACUUCCACAUAGGGGGCAUUUGCUUGGAGCAGAGCCGAGGCAUCAGAAUGAUGUGUGCCAAAAGAUGCUGUGGCUGUUCACACUUAGGUACACUGAAGUGGAGCUCAUUGUGGGUGUAACUGUUGUACUCAGAGCACAAAACUGUAAAAUAAGAGCAACUGUCACUGAAUUGAAUGUAACUUUAGCAUUUGUCAGGCAGCAGAAGUUUAUUUAUGCUCCUAAUGGGUUUUAAUCUGCUGUUCCGCAUCAGGAGGCCACUUCAGGUGAAGCUUUAAGAGUGUGGUAAUUAUCAAACUCAGUUGUUAAAAGCCGUUAGGAGAUUGAUUAGAGGCUGAAAUUUGUUGCCACGAGUGUUUUAUCAUAAAAGGUUGUAAAGGUGCUACUGUGCAGGUGGUUAAUUGUCGUGUGUGUGUGUGUGUGUGUGACCUCUGAAAAGCAGCAGAGCUUCAUUGUAAAUACUUUUAUUCUCUCCCAGUGGACUGAUUCUGAGUCCUGCUCAUGAGAUGGGUUCCCACAGUGAACAGGCAGCAGGCAGGGAAGCCCGUUCAGACCGAUGCUCACUCCUGUUGCGGUCAAAGAGGGGAAUUUGCAUUUGAAUACAUGUACAGUGUUUUGUACUUCCUGUCAUUUUUUUCUAGUCUUUUCAUAGAACAUACUUUUUCUAAUAAAGACAAAAAAAACCAA